AUGACCCGGCCGGUGUCUGCCAGUAGGACUACUGCUGGACGGCCCAGCGUGGCCAAAUCUCGACAUGCCCUUCGCAGGAGAAACUAUCCGUCGCGCUCUCGCAAUCGGCAAAGGCAACAUCGCCUUGCCCUGGGUGGGAAUACUAGGAGCCAGAAGACGUUAACUCAGCUUAACUUUGUCCUGCCGCAUGACUCUUCGGAUAGCGAUGACGCCAAUGGCGACUUCCAGCUUCUUGAAGCAGAGGCCUCUCGCUGCAGUGAGAUUGAGGGUCAAAAACCAAAGAAACAAACUAUGGAGAAUCAUGGAAAGAAGGGGAAGAGGCGACAAGACCAUAGACCGAACAGAACGUUGACGCAGAUGGUAAACGUUGACUGGACACAUCCUCGUCCUGAAAGGAGUGAUACUGGAGAUCAUGCUAGGCACCCACGAAAAAGACGCGGCGUUGAGAUGGAGAGCAUCCUGGAGUGUGCUGAAAAUGUUGUGGAUGAAGAUGGCUCCUUUAACCCACCAGUUGAUAAUGUUUCCAACAAGGGCGAAAACGGAGUGGAAGCGAUGUUGGCGAAACAGGAGCCAUCCUAUCAGACAAUACUUUCAGAAAAGGCCCCUGGACAUGGCGAGAUGCUACCCCCAGCUAAUCCUGUUACGCCUCGGAAGCAAACAUCUCGGGUCAUCCCUUCGUCUCAGUCUCCAGAAAGCCCUGAAAUCACCUUGAACAGCCCGAGAACUCCGAGGAAUAUGAAGAAUAAUCCUCUUCGACUGUCGUUGGCUUCUCCUGAAGUUCUCCUCUCCCCAUCACCCAACAAACGCAGAAGGUCAUUGCUCAGGUUCGAUGCAAACGAUUAUGAUUCUCAGGUUGUGCUUGAUGAUGGCUUCGUUGGUAAUUAUUCUGCUCCGGGAAGCCCAGCCUCUGUUCUAUCUUCCCCAAAAGCCGUUUCCGACCCGUCAGUCUCCUUUAGGGAGGAAAUUUGUUCCCGGUUCAAUGCAGCACGUAGGGAGCGCCAGAUAGAAGAGGUCCAAACUCUAAACCGAAGGCAACCGGAAAGCAUUGUUUAUGAAACCGACGGUGAAGCGGAACUCGACUCUAUCGAAGACGAGUGCUCGAAUCUGCCUGGAAUUAGUGGAGCACGGAAACUUGGGGAUUCAAGUGGUCGAGAUACUCCGCUGCUCGCACCCGAGUGUAAUACUGAGCAGUCAAGUCAGAAUCUCCCAACUUCGACUUACAUGUCUGACACAAUGUCUCUGUACUAUACACGCCAACCGAUGAGCUAUGCCUUUGAGAAAUUUCAUCCAUCACAAUUAUUAAGGGACGUCUCCGAAUCUGCGAGGGAUACGGAGAUCGUUGAAUCUUCGCAACCUAACCCUUUGCCUACCUUUGAUUCUGGUAGCCAGGAAAUUCCGGCCAAAGGACGUCCACGGGUCGAGUGCGAGAAUGCCAGCUCUACGCACCAAAGCGAUACAGAACCUAAUCAGCCUCCGUUGUCUCUAUCACCGGUGGUCCAAGUAGAAUCAUCUCAACGUUCCCAAGAGGAGGUGGAAGUGGAAGUUCCUAGUUCACAGACCUUGGAGACAGAGAAUGGGUCCCGGAGGAUAAUAACUUGCAGUCAACUCCUCACCGAGAGUUUACUGGAAAGCAUCCCGGGACCACCAGCCUGGAUUUCAGGGUCCCAUAAUAACGAUCUUAAUGACCUUAAUGACCAUGCCGCGCGGCAUCAAAGUUAG